CACCUAGUCGAUGCACUCUUUCUAAUCAGCUUGCCUUGCUGGGAUAGGACAAACCACACUUCUAGCUCCAACGCCAUGGCUCUCUCUGUCCUCACAUCUGGCGCUCCCCGACAGCUGUCUUCAUACAGUCUUGGAGGUGGUGGUGGAGGAUCUGUCAGAUUAUCUAGUGGUGUAGGGUUCAGUGGUGGCUCCAGCUUUGUUGGAGGUUAUGGUGGAGGAUAUGGAGGUGGCGUUGGCGGAGGAUACGGAGGUAGCGUUGGUGGAGGAUACGGAGGUGGCGUUGGCGGAGGAUAUGGAGGUGGCCUUGGUGCGGGUCUGGGUAGCAGCUUUGCUGGUGGCUUUGGUGGUGGCUUUGGAGGGGGAGAUGGUGGACUCCUCACUGGUGAUGAGAAGCAAACUAUGCAGAAUCUCAACGACCGCCUUGCCAAUUACUUGGGCAAAGUGCAUGCUCUUGAAGAGGCAAAUGCAGAACUUGAACUAAAAAUCAAGGAAUGGUAUGCAAAGUACAGCACUCCUGACACUGAUAGAGAUUACAGCAAAUAUUUCAGAAUUAUUGAAGAUCUUCGGAAUCAAAUAGCUGCUGCUACUAUUGAGAAUGCCAGGAUUGUCUUGCAAGUCGACAACGCUCGCCUGGCUGCUGAUGAUUUCAAACUUAAGUAUGAAAAUGAAUUGUUCCUACAUCAGAGUGUGGAGAGUGACAUCAAUGGCUUACGGAGAGUCCUGGAUGACUUGACCAUGAAUAGGUCUGACCUAGAGAUGCAGAUUGAAAGCCUGAAUGAGGAGCUCGCCUACCUCAAGAAGAACCAUGAAGAGGAACUGAAGAGCUUCCGAGGAAUAGCUAGUGGCGAUGUCAAUGUUGAAAUGGAUGCUGCACCAGGAGUUGACCUGACUAAACUACUGAACGACAUGAGAUCCCAGUAUGAGGCACUGGCAGACAAAAAUCGUAGGGAGGCAGAAGAACAGUUCAACAAACAGGUUGGAGCUCUGAGGCAAGAAAUAUCUGCCAAUGUGGAUCAACUAAGCUCAAGCAAGAGUGAAAUCACUGAUCUGAAGCGGACUCUGCAGGCGCUGGAACUGGAACUGCAGGCCCAACUUGCCAUGAAACAAUCUCUUGAAGGCUCUCUGGCAGAAACAGAACGGAAUUACUGCGAUCAGCUUGCCCAAAUACAGGCUCAGAUCAGCAGCUUAGAGGAACAGCUACUGCAGCUCCGGUCUGAAAUGGAGAACCAGAAUGUAGAAUAUCAGCAGCUUCUAGGAAUCAAAACACGUCUGGAGAGGGAAAUUGAAACCUACCGCCGCCUACUGGAUGGAGAAGCAAGUACUUUUGGAUCAGUCGGUUCCGGAUCUGUAAGCUAUGGUUCUACGGUUUCGGGAGGCUCUGGCAAAGAGUCCACAAAAACCAGAAUGGUUAAGACAAUCGUCGAGGAAGUGGUUGAUGGCAGGGUCGUCUCAUCCCAGGUCAAAACAGUCGAAGAGAAACCAACUAAAUGAACAUUAGGAGAGUGCAAAAGGUUCUUUCUUUUAAUACAUAUCCCAGCAAAGAAACACCUCUUAGCAACUUCAAGAAUUAUGCAAGAAAAUCAUUUCUUUUUUAAAAGCCUUUUUCUAGACAUUUGU